CCACCCCUCCCCCCUAAUUUAUGAAAUUAACAGACAGAAGACAGAAAAAGUGAAUAAUGAAAUCAGGCGAAUCCGUGAUCAUCAAUUAACAAACACGCUUUCUUUCUUUGUUCCUGGCGAUCCGACCGACAAUCUAAACAACAAACAAUUGUGUACCGUUCUACUUCAACAUCAAACGUGAGAAAGAUGGGACUGAGUAAAACUGAAAUAAAUUUGAGACGAUUGCUAGCAGCUGCCCCUCAUCAGCAACAUCAACCUAAACUUAUUCAUUAUGUUGGCACUCUAAGAGAGCAGUUAGAGCAGCUUGCUGCAGAGCGAACAUCAGACGGAUUACCAAGAAUCUCGAAAGCUGCAUUGAGUGAUUACUCUGACAAGAUUGAAGCGAUUGCUGCCAACUUGGCUUCCCCUACGUUGAACAAUGUAGAAUUUAAUGAGCUACUCUCUGCCGACACUUCUGUCAACCAAAAGACGAUAAAAGGUGAAGAGGAAAGCGUCUCCCCUUCUCAAGGGUUGAGAAGAAGAAUUGUGCCUCCAUCAAAUGUUGAAGAUAGAGGCAAAAGCACCGCUGAUGCAACCGAUUCAGCUCAGAUCAAGUUGGAUGCUGCAGCUCAGGAACAUAUUACAAAGCACAGGAAGCUCCAAGAAGAUUUGACUGAUGAAAUGGUAGGGUUGGCACGACAGCUCAAAGAGAGUACUCUCAUGAUGAACCAAUCCAUAAAAAACACUGAAAAAAUUCUUGAUUCAACAGAGGAAGCUAUUGAACAUAGCUUAGCAAGUACCGGACGAGCCAAUACACAGGCAAUGUCUAUAUACUCCGAGAGUUCCAAGACUUCAUGCUUCACAUGGCUCGUAAUGCUUUUAAUGACAUGUAUAUUUGUCAUGGUGGUUCUUCUUAUUAAAGUGACUUAAGACGCAUAUGCCUUUGGUAAAUCUGGCUAUGCCAUUUUAGUCCACUAAUUACUUGAAAGAAUUUGUAUCUAACCGCCAAGUUUAUUGUAGCUAUUCUCCAUAUAUUUGUUUGUCUUCAAUGUAACUAGAGCUUACAAAUCUAGUAUUGAGCUCAGGUUGUACGAGGGGUUGUCAAGGUUAAUAAUAUUAUUAAGGUGUUGCAAGUUUAAAUAUUUUUAAUA